AUGGCGUUAACUGAAGAAAACAAUCGUCGUCAUUUAUCUAAUGAACCUGCUUUUAAAAGUUCCUCUUCUAAUCAUAUAAGUCAAAUUAACGAAAACGGUGAGCAGGAACGACGCUCUGCGAUAAAAAGAUAUGGUACUUAUGAUUUGAAUUGGGCUUCUUCAUCUGCUGAAAAUAUUAGUACCGAUGAUGAAUUUGUUGAUUUUGAUGAUAAUAAAUUAAAUAAUGUGGACUCCGCACAGGUUGCGAGAAAUUUAACUAGCUCGAAGCAUUCAUCUUUACAAGAUACACGACAAAAAUUUCCAAUAAUGUCAAAUAAAUUAUCUCGUUCAUCCUUUGGUAUCACUGUAACAACAACUAAAGUAGUCGAAGUUUUAGGAAGUCCAAUAGAAAAAACUGAUUCUUCAUUUAUUAAUAAGAAUGAUUUGUCUACUCGUUCUUCGAUAAAUGUUGAACAACGUCAUUCACGUCAAGAACAAUUAAAUAUUUCAUCAGAUAUAAAGGUUGAAUACGAUCUGCGAGAAAAGAGUCAAGUUUCUUUUAAUAUUAACAACAAUAAUUCAACGCAAAAAAAUUCUUUUAUUCAAGAUCAAAUUUUAUUGCAAAAACAAAAAAAUCGCAUUUCAAUAGGUCCAGUAAAAAGCAAAGGUGGUAAAAGAAAAAGUUUAAAUUUUACAAAGAUAAAUCAACCUGAAAAUAUAAUGCCCAGGGAAUCUUCAUUUAUUGAUCCAAGAUUAUUGGCCAAAAAGAAUAAUUAUCCCGUUAAAACACAAACAAUAAAUCGUAAAUUAGUUAAACGUGGUCAAAGCCUCAGAAGAAACAAAAUACCUCCACGAAACAUGGAGUUUGCUCCUACUUCUAAUCCUGUACUUUCUAAUGAUCCUACCGAUAUGGAUGCUGAUCUACCACCAUUAAAAUUACAUGGUUUUCCUUGGUUACCAGGGCCUUCUAGACCUCCUCAAUUAAUUCAUGCUUCUUUAGUCCCUCUUCCAAAUCGUCCUCAACGUACAAUUGUUUCUUCUAAUACUAAUCGUAAUUCUUAUAUUUCAACUAAUAAACCUGGCCGAGUUUCAAAUUUAAUUUCAUCUGUAAAUGUUAAACGAAAUUCAAUUAAUUUUCCUGCUAAUCAAAGUCGAUUAACUCGAAUCAACUCUUCACGAAAACGUGCUUCAAUUAUGAUUCCUACUGCAAGGCGUGCUUCAUUAAUAUUUAGACAACAAAUAUUAGAAGAAAGUUUAAUGAUGUCAUUUGGUCAACCAUUUCCUACAAAUCCUCAAACUACCACUUCAACAAAACCAUUAAUACGUAAAAGAACGAAAAAAGAUGUAGAAAUGGAAAAUACAAAAGAGACCCUUAAUGGUUUAGAAAUUAAUGCUAAAACUAUAGAAACUCAAGAAUUAUUAACAAAUAAAGAAAAUAUUACAGAUUUCCAAUCAUCACCAAAGCAGUAUGACCAACAAUUAAAAAUAAUUGAUGAAUCAAAUUCAAUACAUCAAAUAUCUCCACCCCUUUUAAGCCCCAAAACACAAAAACUUGGAAUACUUGGCGGAUUAUUUAAUAAACAAUCUUCAGGUUCACCUUUAAAUUCACCAGGACUAUCGAAUAUACCGCUAUCAUUACCUUCAUCACCAUCACAGUUGACAAAACAACAAGUUUUAUUACCAACACCUCGAGUAGUUAAACCACGACGUACUAAUGAUGCGCCACCAACUAUUCAAGACCCAGAAAAAUUAAGGAAAAUGGAACAAUUUGAAGCCUUAAUUGCAAGCACAGAAGCUCAAAAUAGUAAAAAGUCAAAACCAGGAAAAAUACGAGCACUCACUACAGCAAUAAUUCCUACAACAUCAAAUCCUUCUUCUUCUUCAACACCUAUAAACAUACAUACAACAAAUUUAAAUGCAGAGAAAAAGAAAAAGAAGACAGGACCUUUUAUUUCCAAUGGACGUCGACAUUCUGGUGCAUCAUCUAAUGGAUCAGAAAAUAGUAGUGAACAGCAAACUAAUGAGUUGAAAAUUGGCGCUGAAGAAUCUAGGACAUCAUUAUCAUCUUUGGCUACAUCAGUUGCCGAAUCCGUUCAUUAUCGACCAGAAGAAAAGAAUACACUUGGAAGACCUGGACCAACUGAUGAAGAUGGCGUUAUUAGAGUCACAUUAACACCUAAAGUUUGUCGAUAA